AAAAUGUAAGAAAAUAAUUUAGUUUUUGUGUUUAAUUAAAUUGAAUUGUUAAAAAUAAUUAUUAUAUUGGCUACAAUACCGUAAAAAGGACAACAAAAACUUGUUUCACAAUUACAUAUUAAAGUGGCUAAAACAAAAGUAAAAAUCCCAAACAGUGUAGAAAGUGCAAAAAAAAGAUACCAACACAACACAACAACAUGUCCGUAGAAGUUUUACAGCAUUUUUCGCCAGCUCCAGUGCGAAGUGCAUGUGAAACAAUAUCAUUGGCAAGUGAUGGAUCCUCAAAAUGCGCCGAAAUAUUUGUUACAAACAAUGCCGACAAAUGGACAUUUUUCUGCGCCUAUUGCCAAAUGGCUACUGUCGAUAUAGGGGCAUUCAUUUGUCACAUCAGACUGGAACAUUUGAAUAGACAAACUUCUGAAAUACAAAGCAAAAAUUCCACAACUAUUGCCGCUACUCGUGCAAAUGAUAGCAAUCUUACGGGCGUUGUGGCAACUACACAAAAUGUAGAGGCUGAAGAUGAAUUUAUGGCAGACGCUCAACAACAGCCGCCACAAAAUGAAAUAGUUAUUAAGCAAGAAGUAACCAGCAAUCAAGAAAAUCUACAAUCCUUUGGUUCGGAAAAGGAGAAUCUCAUUGAUAAUAAGAAUUCCUCGUCAAGGUCCUCACAGCCUUGUAAAGAGAAGCUUAAUGAAGAAUUUUUUGCCAUAACAGCAUUAGACCAAGACCCCGACCAACAACAACAACAUGAAGAAAUCAUAAAGGUGGUUUAUUUAAACAAUGAUGAAGCAGCAACUGAAACAAAUGAAAACAAUACUAACCAUGAUCCAAAUAAGCAGCAAGAACAGGACAAUGAUUUGAAAUACAAAUGCCCAUAUUGCAAACAAACUUUCAAAAAAAUACCCUCUCUAAAUCGUCACAUAACAGCUGUACAUAGGAAAAAACAUCGCCUGCAAUUUCCAUUCAGAUGCACUAUGUGCCCUAAUGGUUUUAAAACUAAAGUCGGUUUAACAGUUCACUCAAUUAGCCACAGCAGAAACAUAGUUUUACCGUGUCCCGUCUGUAAGGAAAAACACAAAAGGAAACAUUUGAUGGCUCAUAUGCGAACGCACGAAAGCGCCGGCUGCUUUCCCUGCCUGGAAUGUAGCAAGGUAUUCGGCAAUCCCAAGCUACGUAUGAAACAUUGGAAAAAACAUUCCUCACAUAAGCCAUAUAGUUGCAAGAUUUGCUAUCGCCGCUUUCUUAAAAAACAACAUCUAACGAAUCAUUUAAAAUGUCACAAACAAUAUCAGUGUAGUUUCUGUUCGUCAAAAUAUACUACAUUAGAAACACAACAAACUCCUUAUGUUUGUGGGAAAUGUGAAAACUUGACCGAUCGGCUACUGCCUAGGGCUAACACGGUAGCACUUGAAACUGAAGACCUAACCGAGGAAUUUAUCACAUCAGAAAAUCAACAAUACUUUGAAAUUCCAACCAAUACCGAAAGUAUUACAAAUAUUACCACAAACAUGCAAGAUGCGUUCAACAACUCUAAUAACAAUAUCAAUGAUGAUGAUGGCUUAAAUGAUUAUGACUCGGAUUUAGAAUUUAUUGAUGAGUGGCACGAUGACAAUGUACCCAGUGGCAGCAGCAGUACAUCCACUGCCCCACAAAUGAUAACCUUACCACAUUUAUUAUACAAAUGUAAAUAUUGCCACCGAGAAUUUAUUUCCGAACGCAGCCUCGUUUGUCACACCACAAAAACGCAUGUGCAGCAUAAACCGUCGCAAACUCGUUUCAUGUGCUUCUAUUGCAAUAGAUCGUUUACAACUAGAUCGGGCCAGGCAAUGCAUCAAAAAACUCACGACAAAAACAAUCAAUUUCAUUGUCCUGUGUGUCCGCUAACGGAAUUCCGUGAAAGUUCUUUCAUUAAACAUGUGCUAAUGCAUGAAAAUGAGUCGUGUUUUCCCUGUCAGGUCUGCGCAAAAAUAUUCCCCUCAAAUGCCCAACGUUUGGAACAUUGGCGCAUACACAUUGAGGAGAGACCACAUGGCUGUAAACUUUGUUAUCGCCGUUUCUAUCACAAAAAUGUUCUUAAAAAUCACAUGAAAUCUCAUGGACUGUAUUAUUGUCAUUUAUGUGCGAAAGAAUUCCGUUCAACACAAACCCUACACCAUCCAUAUGUUUGUAUAAAGUGUAAAAAAUUACCGCCAGCCGGAAAAAGCAAAUUAGAAAAGCGCAAAUCUUUGGGGAAUAAUAUGCAGCAGGAGGAUUAGAUUUAUCAUUAUUAUGUAUUACUAGGUAUAUAUUUAAGUGGAGUUUUUUUUUUAUAACAGGAACUUGCUAUCUUCUAUGGUUUAGAAGAUGUUUCUAAAGUAUUCGUAUUGAAUUUAUAAACGAAUGUUUCUUUCGUUAAAAAAAUAAUCUAAUUAAAUAAUCUUGAUUUUAAGAAUAAUAAAAAUUUAAA